AUGCCGAACAAGAAGACAUCACACAAAAUGCCACCUGAAUCGAUCUUCUGCGACAAACUUUUAAUUAAUAUUCAUCAUGUAAAGAUAAAAGAUUCUAUUAAAUGUUUAAAUGUUCUUAGAUUAUUUACACUUGAAAGGGAAUCGACUUGUCGUCGUACAUCGAGACUUAUGGGAAAAAAACUUUUGUCUUUAUUAGCCUUUCAAUCAUCGAAUGAAAUUUUGAGAAGGGAAAGAAGAAAAUGA